AGUUCAGUGAAACUAGAACUUUACACCUGCUGAAUCCCACAGUCUGAGAGAGUGAGGAUGAGGAUGAAGAUGAGGAUGAAGAUGGCUGCUCUGAUCUGGGUUUGUGUUCUGCUUUACCUUUCUGUUUUUACAGAAGCAGCUCAAACUCCACAGCCCAGAGAGCCUGACUGUGUGAAAUAUCGGGAUUUGAAGUGUACCCGUGAGUUUGACCCGGUGUGUGGUGACGAUGGCAUUACCUACUCUACUGAGUGUGUUCUCUGUUUGGAGAAUAGAAACCGAAACCAGCAUGUGAAGGUAAUGCACCAAGGCCCGUGUUAGUCUUUGAGAACGGAUGGAUUCUGCAAGGAUGUUCUCCAGUCACAGCAACUAUUGGCAUAUAAUCAUAUUAUACAUUUAAUUCCCUUACAAUAAAAUAUGUAAGCAGCA